AUGUUUGAAAAAGAAAAAGUGGGGAUAGCAUACCAUAUGAAGGGGCCUCACUUGGUGCAAGAGCUCCUACAGGAACACCUACAGCUGCAUUUUGAGGCUAACCGGAGGGGUGGUGACAUUGCAAACAGAGGGCAGCCUAAGUGCCCUGCUGACGUCAACAGGAAAACCGACCUGACCCGGAUCGGCUGCGUGUCCACCAAGUUACCCAGCUCCGAGCAGCAUCCCGGGUCGGGCCGGGUCAAGUUGCUCCCGCCCUCCACAAACUCGAGCCCCGGGGAAGGAGCCGUGGCGUCCGGCAGCCCCGGAGCCAACGCCGGGGACUGCGCCGCCGCGCCAGGCAGGGCCGCCGCUAGGACAGCGGCUACCAUGAGACGGUGGAUAAUGUCGGUGGUGGUUUUGAGCUUGUUGGCCAUUGUGGUUUGA